CCUUCCUUCUUCCUUCUCUCCUCCCGACGACCGAAGGAAAGGACACCGACCAUCACACGCAGACACACACACACACAUACACACGCGAGCGAAAGAGCGAACGAGAGAGAGAGAGAGAGAGAGGGAGAGGGACGGCGGGACUCAUUCGAGUGCCAAACGAAAACAAGGGAGUGUUUUAGCGCGGCACUAGAUGCGUGUACUCGCUCUGUAGACUAGGGUAGAAGGUCGCUGACAUCCCCAGCACUGCCUGCUAGUGUGCGCUACUCUAGCAGUGUGAGAAAGUGAGUUCACCGAGGGAGAUCUAUCUAUCCGCAGUCAAGAACUAUAUUCUAGAAGUGAUUGUUGAAGUUGAAGAAGUUGCAGAAUAACAUUGUUUCUCAGUGUUCUUAUUGGAUUAUAUACUCCUUCUUCGAGGCUUUCAGUUACUCAUAGGCGUUGUCCGUCCACUGCAGACAUAUAGCUCUCCAACAACGACCUCCACUUUAUUUGACCAGCUGUUUUCCGUGUCCAGACUGCCGAGGUGACUACAUCAUUGUGAGACUGGCGCCCAGACGGCUGUGUGGGUGGAUAUCGAGUCUGCGUGGCUCAGACAAAAGACCCCACCUCUGAGCCGCCCAUCGUUGUCGCUACCAAAGCGGAGUCGGCCAUAACAUUUCCACGACAGUCGAGGGAGACUUGCUACGUCAAGACUUAAGAACAGCGACUGUGUCCACAUCGUCAUCAUAUUAUCCAUCUUCAUCAUCGCCAUCAUCAUCAACGACAACAACGACAGUAUCAGUAACAGCUGCAGCAGCGAGUGAGAGACAACAGCAACAGCACUAGCAACCGCAGCGGCCGCAGCAGCUUCAUCAUGUCGAAGUACAUGAACGACGUGGACAGCAAAGAGCCGUUCAUCGAAAAAAAUCACCUCUCGAGCGGACCGAGCAACGCACCAAUGGGCGAUAACCAUGGCAACGGCAGCACGACGCCAGCCAACAACAUCAGCGGCAGCAACAACACCAACAGCAGCAGCAGCAACGGCAACAACAACAGCAACUACCACUACGGCGGCGGGGCGCCCCCAAACAACAGCAACAGCAUGAAGCAGACCAGCCAGCAGCUCGACUACUCGCACCUCGAGCGCACCAUCGCCCGCCUGCGGACUUACCUCUUCGCCAUGUUUGGUGUGGGUGUCGCAGGCUUCAUCAUCCUCAUCAUCGUCGUAACCGUCCUGUACGUGAAUCUCAACUACGACCUGGUUCAUCACCGGCACAAACCCAAGGUGGGCGAGCAGGCGUAUGAGAUCAUGCAGAAGGAAGAGCUGUGCGUCCCCUGCGACGAUUUCCGCCUGGGCCCCAGCCCCGAGGAGGAGAGGGAGUUGAAGAAGUUCCGCCUCAAGGAGGGGCCGGAGGGCGUCAGUUGUUGCGUGGACACUCCAGUGGAGCUUAUGUUGCUACUUAAAAUGGUACCAUCUCGCAAUGGCCUCGUGCCUCCAGUGUAGUGUCAGGAGGCUCAGAGGGAAAACCCGCGGCUCACCUCAUGAUCACAACGCAAGAUCUCUCCGAUGUCAAGGAAGAUACAACAUUCUGUACCACAACGGGGGCGAAGAGAAGCUGGCCCAGAAUUCCAUCACCAAGUGCUGGGGGCAGAGCAAGACGUUUGGAGAGUACGUGAGCAACUUGGGAGCGGUCUUCUAUCUCCGGAACUCAGACGAAAUCUUUGUCAAGGUCUCUAACAUCACUAUGGUCUCCACGGACCCGAAGAUGAGCCAUUUCGGGCUGUUUAAGAUUUGAGUGUGUUGGUGAGUGGAGGUGAUUAUGGUUGUUGUGAGAAAGUGGGGGAGUGAGAGGCUGGGGUUGUUUAAGAUUUGGGAGUAGAUUUGUGUGUGUGUGUGUGUGUGUGUGUGUGUGUGUGUGUGUGUGUGUGUGUGUGUGUGUGUGUGUGUGUUGUGUGUGUGCAUGUGUGUAUGUGUGUGUGUUUGUUUGUUGGUUUGUGAGGCCUUUUUCAAGUAGGGAAAGAGAUGUGAUGUAUACAUGAGUGGAUGCACAUUUCGCUACCUAUACAUUUUGAGAUCCUUACCGAAAAUUCUUUCUUCUCUCUGCUCAUUUUUAGAACUCAAAAUAAGUUUUUAACUUUCAACUAUAUAAAUAUGUGUGUACAUGUGUGAGUGUGUAUGUUUGUGUAUGUGUGUGUGUGUUUGUGUGUGUGUAUGUGUGUAUAUAUUAUAUACACAAACAUACAUACAUACAUGUUUUAUAAUUAUGUCGAUCAAUGUUUUGAAAUGCUACGUGUCAUAUGCCUUUUGUCCUUACUUUCUUUUUGGUCAUGUUGUGGUCAUGCGGUGUAUUCCAAUGUGUUGACCUUUUUUUACUAGUUUCGAUAUUCUGAGAGAGAAAAAACGAAUCUUUUGACUUCUUGUAAAGUUUGUGUGUGUUUAUCAACUGAUUUGGAAAGACAAUGGUGGAGGCCCACAUUGCCAUCCCGUCCUACCCACCACUUUGACCUUUUUUUUCCUGAUUGUUUUGUUUGUUUCUUUUAAUUUUUAAUUUUGAAGAAAUUAUCAUAAUGAGAAUGUUCACCCAUAUAGCCUGUGCUUGGUUUUUCCAUCCGGCUUCCCAUUAUUUAUUCUAGAAUCUGUGGUGUAGUGGUAAGGUGGUUUAAUAUUGCCCACAGAAAAUGUGAGUUUGAUUCUCAUGUGGGUAUGGUCUUAUCCAGUAUCUCAAUCUUUCUGUUGGGACACUGCAUCUCUCUUAGCCCGAGUUUGCCCUGACAGGCAAAGUUGUGGCCUACUUCCAAAAUGAGAAGAGAGUAAGACAUUGAGUGAUAAUAAUAAUGAUGAUGAUAAUAAUGAUAAUAAUAAUAAUAGCCUAAUAUGAAUAAUAAUAUGAA